GUAAGUUUCGAUAUUUCUUUACGACCCACCCCGUUCUCCCCCGCGCCUCCAAUUGCUGUUCCUCUUUUCCUCCACCGGCCACGGUCGUCGACUUCCUGCGUCGCCUCUGCAAUCUUCCCCCGACUUCUGCGCCCAUGACUGAGACUGUUGUCCUCAAGGUUGGUAUGUCAUGUGAAGGAUGCGUUGGAGCUGUUAAAAGGGUUCUAACCAAAAUGGAAGGCGUCGAGUCCUUCAACGUUGAUCUGAAAGAGCAAAAAGUGACUGUGAAAGGCAACGUGAAACCUGAAGUUCUUCUUCAAACUGUCUCAAAAACAGGCAAAAACACUUCCUUUUGGGAUGCCGAACCUGAAACCAAGGAGGCUAUUGCAUGAUGAUGAUAUCCUACUUACAUGCAACCUUUUACCAAAUAAAUUGGACUCUUUAUGUCGUAUGAUCUGUUAGUAUGUUAUGUUGCAGAGCUUGGUUCUUGAUACAUGUUGAGUACAUACUGAUUAUUAUCUGAUCAACUGUGACAUAUCCCUUCCGGUAAGCUUGUGCCAACCGUCAAGUGAACUUAUCAAGGCUGAUCUAUGAAAAAUAUCCAUUGCCAGUUUGAUUA